UGAUUAAGACUUUAUAAAGCGCUCUGUCUCUCAGCGUAGCCUACCAGGUUACUGCCCAUCCUGCCACUCACCUGCCGAUCCAAGAUGAAGCUGAUCCUGACUCUCUGCAUUACCUGGGCUCUUCUCCUCACAGGGGAGUCACUGCAGUGUGUCACCUGUACUGAUGCAACAUGCACAAAUCCACCAGUCAAAAACUGCUCAUCUAACGAUGUAUGUCAUUUUACAACCCAGUUUACAACCCAGUCUUCAAGCAUGAAAGACCCAUCUGUAAAUAAGUCCUGUAUUGCGGCAUCCAACUGCAUGACACCUCUGAACGUCACAACAACACAACUGUCCGUGAACCUGGGCUUCGCAAACUUUCGUCAAACUCAGCUCUGCUGUGACCAAGACAGCUGCAACAACCUGACUUCACCCGUCUUCAGUCCAAAUGGCCGAAAUUGUUCUUCCUGCAGCAGUGAGUCAGACACGGUGUGUAACACCACUGUGAACUGUGUGGAAGCGGAGGAUACCUGCAUUAGCAUCAAAGUGACUGGUUCAUUCAACGGUGUCCUGAUGGGAUGUGCAUCCUCAAAUCUGUGCAACGCCCCUGUCAUAACCUCCAUCCUGCCAUCUGUCCUGCCUUCUAAACCAUCAAAAGUAAAUGUUAAAGAAGUGUCUUGUAACUCGGCUCCCUCUACUGGUCCAGUGAGUGUAGCCCUCAUGGCAAUGUGGCUUCCUAUAAUGGUCAAACUUAACUUCUAAAAAACACAAAACACACCAUCUUUAACAUGCAGAACAAAAACGUUUUGUUGAUAAACAUGACAGUGUGUUUUACAUGUGGCUUUUAUACAAAGACACAGAUUUCGAUGACAUUUCUACAAACGUUUUUUCAAUUGUCUUGUGCUGCCACAAGUCAUGAAGGGGAAUAUGGUUAUUGCUGUAUCUGUAUUUUGUUAAUUAUAUUUUAUCAUCAAAAUUCAACAUUAAUCUGCUUUAAUUUACUGUUCACAUCGUUGAACAUUUCUAUUUAUAAUGGGAAAAUGUGUUAUAUAGUUAUUUAGGAAGAGUUAAAGGCAGGGUAGGCAAUGUUGUUGAGAAGCACUUUUUUUCAUCUUUGCUGAAAUUAUCUUCACAUAUUGAUAGCAACCAAUACAUAUUAAGGUUUGACAGUAACAUUAAAUCAAUAAGACAUCUGUGGGCGUUGCAAGACUGUAAUAAACACAAUUAAUCAUUAA